AUGGAUAAUGAUAACCAAAAUCUAAGAAAACCGAUCGGAAAACAAAACAAAACAAAAAAGGCAAGUCAAACGGACACGGCAACGAGGAAGGAGAAGAGGAACAGUGGAGCGGAUGGGUCGUCCACUGAGGGUGAGAUGGUGUCAGGAACGCCUAUCUCGAUGGGGCUCCCAGAGGUCAGUCUGACUCUGGUCACUGGGAGCCGAAGAGCAUCGGAUCGUAUACGUUCUGGAUCCGCCGUUUCGUCGGAUGGCGCGGAGGCCAUGGAGGCGGAACGAAGCGACAGCAGGAAACGCGGACGCUCCAGGGAGGAGGGGACCGACACGUCCGGCGAAAUGAUGCCACCAAAGGUGGCAAGCAGCCGCCGAGGGAGGGCGCGUAAACCGGCCUCGGCCUCGGUCUCGACCCCGUCAGGCUCCGCGUUCUCAAACGCGGAGUCCUACAGGAGCGUACGAGUGGACGGAGAGGCCGUAGCGGAGGAGGAGAUCGCGGAUCUCCUGCUCAAGGUUCGGGAGCCGGUGGGGGGAAAUGCCCCCCAGGCUCCCGUGUCCGUGCAGGAGAGGGCGAAAGCGGCGGUGGCCGUCAUCCAAAAGGUGGCUACCAAGUCCGUAAACCUAAAGGGCUCGUUUGUGAGGGCCCUUAAGGACUCCUCCUCCGCUUUGUCGGAGGUCGUGGAGGGCCUGGUGGGCGAUGUCUCUCGCCUACAGUUGGCCAACGAGAGACUCACGGAGCGGGUGAACGAGCUGAGCGCUCAGUUCGCCCGCUUCCAGGCGAACCUCCCCGAGCGGGAGGCCCCGUCCGCGCCCCCCCCUGUCCCUAUCGCGACCUCAGGGGUACCUGACGCCCAACUGCGGUCAAUUCUCGACGCAGUUGGGCGUAUGCUGGACGGCCGUCUGGCCGGCCUGGAGGCGAGACUGCCCCCUGCGCCGGUCGUGCGCCCCCCGCUCGCGUCGUCGCAGCGGCCUAAGGCCGCUGCGCCAACCGCGCUCCCCGUGGUGGGAGGCCGCGUCUCCUACGCGGCGGCGGCGUCGGCCCCGACUCCACCGGCUCCCCAGGGGCCGAGGAGAGGGGCCAAGGCACCGGCCCAGGCGCCAGUCAAGGCGCCGGCCAAGGCGCCGGCCAAGGCGCCGGCCAAGACGAGGCCUAAAGCGGCGCCGAGGAGCGGAGUGGCUUUCCCUCCGCUCCCCGCUCCGACAUCCCUGCCGGGCCCCUCCGCACCUGCCCCCUCCAACGAAGGUUGGCAGCAGGCGAGGGGCUCAAAGAAGUCCCGAAGGCGGGCUAGAAGGGCUGCUCAGAAAGCAGCCCAAGCCCAGCCUUCGCCACCGGUGGCAACGGCCUCAAAAAAGAGGCCGCGGAAGCUGCAGCCGCCCAAAACCGCGGCUGUAGUCGUGACGCUGUCGCCGGAGGCGGCCAGUGGCGGGCUCACGUAUGCGGCCCUCUUCAAGGGGGCCCGGCCCGGUCUCGCCACUGAGUUCGGGGAGGCGGGGAUGAGGCUGCGCCGCGCCCAGACGGGAGCUCGGGUUUUCGAGUUCCCUGGGGCUGAAGGCGCGGCGACGGCCGACAAAUUCGCCGAGAAGUUGCGGGGAAUUUUCGCCGCCACGGACGGUGUUAAGAUCGCCAGGCCCACCAAAUGCGCGGAACUGCGUAUCUCGGGCCUGGACGACUCUAUAACGUCGGAGGAUGUCCGCGAUGCAGUCAUGGAGAAGACUGGGUGCACCGCGGACACCAUCAGAGUCGGCACCGUCCGUCCGGGUCCGGGAGGCCUCGGUGCGGUGUGGGUCAGCUGUCCCGUGGCGUCGGCCAAAGCGUUGGGCGACGCCGGAAGCAUGCUCGUCGGCUUCGUUAAUGCCAGAAUCACGGUUCUGGCCGCGAGGCCGAUGAGGUGCUUCAAGUGCCUAGCCGCGGGACACACUCGCACCAGGUGCGAGAGCUGUUUUGACUGCAGCGGUCUAUGCUUCCGCUGCGGUCAACCCGGGCACAAGGCGGCAGAGUGCUCUGCCGCCCCUCACUGCCCCGUGUGUGCGGCGGCUAAAAAGCCUGCCAAUCACCAGAUGGGGCAGGGGGGCUGCAAGCCUCCCCGCGCUUCUCGGCAAACGCCGGGGGCUAGCCUGCCGACCCAGGCUACCUCCGACGUCAAUCUUGCGUCGACGCCGACGCCCAUGGAGGAGGUUGUAGAGACGAUCCAGUAA